AUGGAUUCAAUUCGCGAUUUGGAAGCUGCGGCCUCAGUAACUCCUGCAGCCACGACAAACACGGGUUACAAUGACGGUCAAUAUAUCAAUUCCUCCACCGCCUCUAGCACCGACACGACCAAAACAAGCACUUCCCCGUCAUCCACAGCAAGUGACACUACUUCAAGUACUACCUCUUCGAGCUCGGAUACUCUAUCUAGCACUACCACUACCCACAGUGGUGCUAUCAACUCUACAAAUGUCGCCUCUAUCACUUCCAGCAGUGCGAUACCCACGCACACCAACGGUACAACGACUCAUAUUUCCUCUGCUAAGCACAUCAGCACCGGGGCACUUGCAGGGGGAAUAGUAGGCGCAUUUGCUGGAGGCUGCAUCUUGGCAUUCAUUUUGGCAUUUCUGCUCCUUCGCAAGCGCAAGCCCUCACAAUACCCCCCUGCAAAAAAUGAAGACGCCGGAGUCAUUUCUUCGGUUACCCCGAAAGGGGCAACACAGAGAGUCAGCCACGUGCGAGAUGCCUCAUUUGCCGCAUCUCAGGCCGGCAAUCCGUCUUAUUUGAAGCCAUUCGCCGCUGGAGCUGGUACUUUUGACCUGGCCCCUUUCAUUGCCGAGGCUGCAGACGAUAGCACCGUUUCCACUCGCGUGCAGACUUUGUUUGACCAAGUCAGCUUGCACGUGGAUAACUAUUACUCAACGUCUGGACAGCAACGUCGGUUGACUCCUGAAGCAGUGGCUCAGAUCAAUCAAUAUGAUUCUGGUGUUUUCGAUACUUCGCUGGCGACUGUGCUUUCAAAUUCCCGCCCCCAGCGACCAAUUCUCACCCAUACACUUCUUUAUGCUGUCAUGCGGGCUAUUCAGCCUCAAGCUCAGGGAUCUUUGCUUCCGGCAUGUUACAGGUUAGGACCACAGGCAAAUGGACGUGAUACGCUUGACACAGAUGAUCGCUCAGUAUUUGCGUGGCGCAUGUUAACAUCUCAUAUUUACGCUUCGAAAUACUCAGCCACUCCGGCUCAACUGGAAGCUCAGAAUGACUCGAUCACACGGUUUGCGAAUGCCUUCACCGAGGCUUUUACGCCAUACAGCGAUCCUCAGUUCAAUGAAGCUGAUCGCCUCGUCCAUCUGACUAGUGUGUGCCGGGCGGCAGCUGAGCUUGGUACUUGGCUGUUUUCUCAGCCAUGCUUCUUUGAGCUCGGCUGGGGGCCGACCAGUUCGAGCAGCAAGAUCAUCAUUUUCCCACAAUUUGUCAAGACUUGUGACGAGCAGGGAAAUUCACUGGCCGUGCCUCAGACCUUACUACAGCCCGUGACGCGGCAAGUCUGA